AUGUUCGUCAGUAGGACACUAGUCAAGUUGAUAUUUAGCAACGUUGAUUGGUGGCCUGGAGCUGAAGGAACUUUUUUGCCUAAGCUUAAAACUCUAGUGGUUAACGGAUUUUUUUGCUCGGAUAAGCUUGAGAUGAUUCUCCCCGCUUUCCCUGUGCUUGAAGAGUUAUACAUAAAAGACAUUGUGUGGAGAGGUUCGGGUGAUUCAGUGUCAAGUGCAAGCCUUAAGAAGCUAACUAUCCAUGCCUUGGGUUGUGAAAGCAUGACAGUACAUAUUACAAAUAGCAUGAGCAUUUCUUUUGAUACUCCAAGUCUGCUUUACCUUGAGUAUUCUGAUAAAGUUGCGAGCGACUAUCCCAAAGUUAACUUGCCUAUUUUAGUUGAGGCUGUAAUCGACCUUGAUAUACGUGAUUAUACAAUGCUAGACAGAGAGCGAAAUGCUGAUGGAUUUAGGAACUAUGUUGUUCUGUCAUGUGGAAAUUUGUGUAAGCUCAUGACUGGCAUAAGAAAUGUGAAGACACUUACGUUUUCUUGUGAAACUCUCGAGUUAUUUUCUCUAUGCUUUGAAUCGAUGCCUGUGUUCAACAACCUCAAAAGGUUACGAAUUAGUGGGAGUCGCCCUCCAGUGGGAUGGCAAGCAAUGCCGGUUCUCUUACAAAACUGUCCACAUUUAGAAACUCUACACAUAGAGUGUCUUCGUAUUUGUGACUGCAUUUCUUUGGAGGAGAAUGGUGGUUGGCUCACGUCUUGUCCGGUGGAAAAGAUAGUGGAAGAGAUACAGAUUGAAAUGUUUAGAGGGACAAAGGGAGAGAUUGGAAUGAUAAAGCAUAUGUUGGAGUCUUUCUCGGGUUUGAAGAGGAUGACGUUGUAUGCCGGAAGGGAUUAUCCUACAGAUAUCUUUGAUCUUGUUGUGAAGAUGGUGAAUCUAUGCAAUGAGAGUUACCGAGCUGUGGUGAACACUUCCUGGUGUGUGAUUCGCCCGAUAUCUGAAGUAGACUCUAGUUUGAAAUAGUUGGAAAAGUCUAAAAGAGUCAACUGCUGGUUAUCGAUCCAUCUGAACUGAAAUUUGUA